AUGACUUCCUUGAAAUCUCAUUACAGGAAAAAGAUCGUUGCUCCUCUUAGGAAUAGGAAGUCAGUAAACUCCUUCCAUCUAACAGAGGAAGCGUAUGCAAAACAAAAGUCAGUUGAGGCUGAAGAAAACGCCGAGAAUAUGUUACUGAUGAAGUUGAUUGGGAUUCGUCGAUUGACUGCGACUCGACUUGGGUUUGUGCUUUCAAUCCAUAAAAAAGGAACAAGAGCUAAACGGGGGCGUUCACAGUAUUGUGGAGUAGACCUGAGAACUAAUGGCUUCUCAAGCUUGCCUCCCUUAUUCCUCCCAGUAUGCCUUACAUCUCUCUUGCAAUAUGUGGCUAUACGACGGUUCUAUGCCCAAUCGCUAACACCACUCAAGAAUUGUAUCUCAAGUGAGAACUAA